AUGAAAACAACAUCAAGUCGAACUCCUGGAUGUUUUCGUGCUUAUUCAAAUGAACAAAAAACUUUACGUGCUAAACUUGAUCAAUUACUUAAAUGGACACGUGAUUUAAAAAGUAAUAUUAUGAAACAAUCAUGUAAAGCUUUACAAGCAAAUAAUAAUAAUAUUAUCAAUCGUCAAACAAUUGAUCAAAUUCAUGAUGAUUUAGAUGAUUAUAAACGAAAAUUGGAUCGUGAACUUGGUCGUAUACAUGAUAUCUGUGAUGCAUUAACAUAUAAUCCAACAACAAAUUGUGAUGCAGAAAAUCUUCGUGAAGAAAUUCUUGAAGCAUUACGUCGUUCACCAACAUAUUCAUCACUUGAACAACAUAUUGAUGAUGACAAACGACCACGAAUUCGUGUAAAACCACGUGAAAGAAUACAUCCAGGACAAAGACAAGCACCACGCACACCAGCUCUAUCAACUGAUGCAAUAAAACGUAAAGCAUCACAGCCAAUAGCAUUGCAAUUAUUAGGUACUUCAACUCUGCCUGGUGCUAAACGACGAUCACAAAUCGAUGCAUUUAAACGUUCAAGAUCAUUUACAAAUAUUGAACAUACUGAAACACACUUAGGUAUGGAUUAUGUUGAAGAAGAUGAAAGUGAUCUUUCAUGGAAACCAUUUGGACCAAAACGAACAACUUCACAAGUUAGUUUAACAUCAACUAAUAAUGAACAAUCAAAUGAUGAACAACCAUCUACAAAUUCAACUACAAUAAAUCAAUCAGUAUCAACAACGUCUACAGAAAAAUCUAAACCAUCUGUAUAUUUUGAUAAUAAUAAUAAUAAUAAUAAUGAUUCAUCAGAUGAAGAAUUUGAUAUUGCAUGGGAACGUCGUGCUAAACAAAAAGCUCGAAAAGAAACAUCUUCAGCACCAACUACAUCCGUUCAAUCACCAUCAAAACGUACUGUUCGUUUUUCACCUUCUACAUAUGAUGAUCCAAUUGAAAUUAUUGAACUUGAUCUUGAUCUUGAUCUUGAUGAAGCAGCACAAGAUGGAUUACAACAAACAAAAGAUCAAAAUAAUAAUGAUAAACAACAAACUGAAGUUGUUAGUUUAGAUGAUGAUGAUGAAACAACAAUGCCAGCAACAGAUACACAAAAUCAAAUAGCAACGGUAAAUAUAUUCUACGGAGUGGGCCAUAAAUAA